GAACGAUUCAACAGUCGAAAACGCUAAAAGUGAAUAAGUCAUCGCCCGGCGGGUGAGUGCGAAUGAGCACGUUCGAACAUCCGAGACCUUAUUAAUACUUAUUAUAUAAACACUAAUAAAUUUACCAUGUAACCUUUGAUCAUGUAAUUGCAAUAAUAACAUUGAUACUUGAUGAACAUUGUUUGUUUUUCUAGAAUGGACAGAUAUGCAUCGACAGUUAUCAGAAAUAGAAAAAUUUGAUAUUAAAAAUCCAUGUAAGGAUGACAGGAAGAAGUUAAUGAAAAAAACAUUUAAUGACUAUGAGUCGGACGACGAAUACAACCAAUGUAUUAAAAAACGAAAGACUGAAUCAAAAAUUAACAAACGAUCCAAAAUGACGAAAGCUGGAACUUUAAUGCAACAAAGAAUGUUAUCUAAUAUAAAAAAGCAAACAACUAGUGUAGAGAAUGUAAGUAAAUGUCUUUUAUUGCAAGGCUUACUGGAGAUUUGCAAGAUAGACAGGAAACCGAUUCUUGAGCUAUUAUAAUCAAUGGUCACCUCCGAUCAUUACUUGACUCGGGGCCUGUAUUCUGUUCACAUGCACGUGUCGACAAUUGUCAGUUUAGUAUAAGUAUUGUUGCGCAGCUUUUAUAUGAUAUAAAAUACCUGCGCAAUGUCACUU